AUGGCGUGCUGGGGUGACCUGUUGAAGAACGGCGGUGCCACCAACAGGAAGCUGUGUGGCUGGAUAACGGCCGAGGUAUACCCGCAUCGCGACGAAUAUCUCCGCAAAUGCCUUCAACUCAUCCCCUUCAACGGUCGGGAGUUGAGCAUCAUGUGGUCACGCGCACUGUACAUCUUCGACGAGCUGAUCGACGCCGCUUGCGCAAUGCCUCUUCUGAAGGACCAGCGAAUCCGGAUCUCUUUCUGGCCGCACCUGAGCCUCGAGCAGCUCAUCUACCUCGUGCGCAAUCAAUUCCGUUGGACAAUGGAUAUCGGGGACGAUGAAUUUUUCCACGCGUCGCUCGGCAAGAAGCAGCAAAUUGACGUCAAGAUCGGACGCGAAUACCUCUUGAUGACGGGACGCGGCUGG